CAGGUCAACAUGAAGUUUAUUUGUGAAAUGGUGAUAUUAUCAUUGUCGGUUAUAAUAAUACAACCGAGCAUCAUAUUCUCACGAGAACUUGGGAGUCCAAAUCAUAUCAAGACAGCUACUUUUUAUACUAAAAAAUUUGUAUUAGAACCUGGAAAAAUUACCAGAAAAAAUUUUUUUGAUAUUAAAUUUCCAAGAGGCCACAUUGGAAUUAAGAAUUUACGAGCUGAACUAGUUGAUGAACACGAAAACUCUAUACCACUGUAUGAGGCUUACUUGCAUCAUUAUUUCGUUUUUAGAUAUUUUGAGAAUAUCACCAUGUCACAAUAUGCUAAUAAAAGUCAACCUGCCUAUGGUAAGUAUUUUAGGAGAAAUGAUGGUGUAUGUCAAGGUUAUGUUAAUUCAAUUUCUUGGGGUCUUGGAGGUGAUGCACGAAAAACUAGCGUAGAACUACCAGAUCCAUUUAGAGUAGAAGUAGGUACGCAUCCUGAGAAUGUUCCAAAGGAAUACGAUGAGGAGAAAUGGUUUAUUAAUAUUUUGGCUAUUGACACACGUGGUACAGAAGAUAAGAAAGGUUGUUCCCAAUGCAGAUGUGAUCUUUAUAAUGUCAAAAGUAAAGAUUUGGAAAACACAACAAGCGUUGAUGGAAAAUCAUUGUUUAGUAGUGAUUACAAAGGAGGAAUUUUUUGUUGUGAGAAAAAAUCUCAAUGUAAAUUACAAAAAGGAUACAAAAAAGAACAAAAGAGAAACGUUACCCUUAAAUAUACAAUAUCAUGGGUUGAAUGGGAUCAACACCAAGUGCCUCUUAAGUUUUAUAUUCUUGAUGUUACUGAUCAAGUGACAUAUAAUGGAUCAAAACCAAUUCAUAAUUGUGCAGUAGAGUAUUCCAUAACUCCGAAAAAGACUAAUGAAGAACAGUACUAUAUAAAAAAAACAAAUGUUCCAAUGGAAAAAGGUGGUAAUGUCAUUUAUACUACGGCUCACAUACAUUCAGGAAUUGUUAAUGCAACUUUAUAUGGAGAGGAUGGAAGAAUAUUAUGUGAAAUUAAGGCAAUUAGUGGAAUGGGAAAAGAGGCAGGAAAUGAAGAAGGUUAUGCUGUUGGAGCGUCUAGGUGCUACCCAAAACCAGGCUCUAUGAAGAUUAAAGAUGGUGAAAUUUUAACCAUAGAAUUUGUACAUGAAAACAAAUACACUACUGGACUUAUGGGGCAUUUUUAUGUUUAUUUGGCAGAAGAGUUGCCAAAAUCUUUUUAA